UGGGAGUCCGGGGCGGGGACGGGGCGUGUCCGGAGCCUCGGGUCUGUGAGCGCAGGCGGGAGCGGGCUGUGGAUGUGCGAUUCUGAAUGUGCCUUUGAUUGUGGCUGUGUGACCCAAUGUGGGUGCCCGUGAGUGUGCGGUUGUUCCCGCCUGUCUCUAGGGUGCGUGUCUGGUUGUUUUUGUGUAACCAUGUGUGAUACUGUGUGUUGGGGUAUGGGAUCCUUGUGGUGUGGGGGUGAUACUGCGUGUGUCUCUGUUGUGUAUGUUUGUCUGUACGCCUUGUUCCUUGAGAUGUGAGUAUAGUUGUAACUGUGUGACCGAUGCGGGUGUCUACGCGGUGUGUCUGCAAGGUGGAUGUGUAGUCUUGGUUGUGUGACACUGUGGCCGUGUGUGGCACAGUGUGCAUUUGCCAUUUAUGUAUGAUUGUGUGGUGACUCUGCGUGUGCAUUCCUGUUGUGCCCCUUGGCGGGGAGGGGAUAUGUGGGAAAUGGUGCUUGUGUGUGUGAUGCUAUGAGGGCGUGGGGUUUGUGUGAGUGUGACUGUGUGUGUCUCCAUAGUAAAUAUUCAGGUAUGGCUGGGUGACAUAAAGUACCAGUGAUUGUGUGUGUCCCCCGAGUGGGUGUUUGUGAUUAUGUAGGGCAUUUUGGGGUGUUGGAUGGGGAGCCCGUGACCGUAUAUGGAAGUGGGCUCACAGUGGUAUCACAGUGGUAAUUUGAUUGUGUGACUGAGUGCAUCUUCUUAGUGGGAUUGUGACUCUGUGUAAGGGUGUGGAGGUGUCUGUGACUAUGUGGUUGUGUCUUUGUGGGUCAAGAGUGGAUGUGUGGCUAUGUUUAUGUGACAUUGUGACCAUCCGUGCAGCACCAAGUGUGCCAGUGACUCUAGUGCUCUGACCCCUGCAGAACCUAUGAAGCUGGGACAGAUUCUGGCCCUGGGCAGUAGUGACCUCAGCCUUUCCCAUGAUACUGGGAUUGGGCAGGAUGACCAGUCUUCUCUGACCUCCCUCCUCUGUGUGGUAGGGUAGGGGGGCGAUUACUCAAAAAUGUCCUGGUCGUUCAUAAUGCCUUUCUCAUAACCAUUCUCCAAGGAAGAUGCUAUUGAAUGUCCAAAAGCUAAGUUCAAGGUGCAUCAAGGUUUUUUCUUCUUUCCCUGAAACCCUUCUUUGUUUUUCGAUGUGUGCUUUUCUUUGCUUCUUCUGAAAUUUCUUACAACAGAACCACCUCCCCCCACUACCCUUCCCUACCACCCUUUCCCCAUUACCCGCUAAAGUAACCUGGUCUCCAGUAUUUGCCAUAGGAGUUAUUUACUGGGUGCCUUAAAAAUAGACUGAAAGGCCCAUAUCCUCCCCCUGCACAUCUAAUGUUCAUUUAAAACUUUUUCUUAACUUUUCAUUUUGAAUUAGUCUUAGACUUUAAAAUGUUACAAAAAUAGAAUUCUCAUAUACUCUUUAUUCAGCUUCUCCAUAUAUCACUAUUUUAUGUAAUCACAGUACAGUGAUCAAAAUCAGGAGAUUAACAUUGAUACACCUACUAUUAACUAAUCUACAAACCUUAUUCAGAUUUCAUCAAUGUCCCUUAAUGUCCUUUUUCUGGAGCAGGAUCCAAUCCAGGAUUAUAUGUUGCAGUUAGUUGGUUUGGCCUGCACAGAUGUUCUUUGCUCCUAGCCUGAUGGUGCUGUCCUCAUCUUUAGGGGUAAAGUAGGAUUCUGCAUUUGUCCAAGAGAAGAAUCCAGAGAAAUCAGAGCAGGUCAGAUAGUUCUAAAAGCCAUGGCCCAGGGAUUGGUGACAUUCAGGGAUGUGGCCGUAGAGUUCUCUCAGGAAGAAUGGAAGUGCCUGGAGCCUGCUCAGAGGGACUUGUACAGGGAUGUGACUUUGGAGAACUUCAGGAACUUGGUCUACCUAGGACUUUCCAUGUCUAAGCCUGCUGUUGUCUCCUUAUUGGAGCAAGGGAAGGAGCCCUGGAUGACUGCAAAUGAUAUGACAGAACCAUGCUGCCCAGACUUGGAGUCCAGGUGUCAGACAUUUCCACAAAAACAUAUUUUUGAAAUAGAGUCAUUCAAUUGGGAGAUAAUGGAAAGCAUUAAAUGCUGUGAUCUUGAGGGCUCCAGUUUUAGAGAAGACUGGGAAUGCAGAGGCCAGUUUGAAAGACAACAAGUGAAUCAGGAGUGCUAUUUCAAGCAAAUGGAAAUCACCUACGAAAACAAGCCCACCUUCGAGCAUCACACAUAUCACACUCUGCGGCAGAGCAGUGAGACUGGUGAGAAACUGAUUGAAUGUAAUGAAUGUGGGAAAGCCUUUAGCCGUGGCUCACACCUCAUUCAGCAUCAGAAGACUCACACUGGUGAGAAACCCUUUGAAUGUAAGGAAUGUGGAAAGGCCUUUAGUCGUGCCUCACACCUUAUUCAGCAUCAGAGAAUUCAUACAGGCGAGAAACCCUAUGACUGUAAGGAAUGUGGGAAGGCCUUUGGUCGUACUUCAGAACUUAUUUUACAUCAGAGACUUCAUACUGGUGUCAAACCCUAUGAAUGUAACGAAUGUGGAAAGACCUUUAGGCAGCAUUCACAACUUAUUCUGCAUCAAAGAACUCAUACAGGGGAGAAACCCUACGUAUGCAAAGACUGUGGGAAGGCUUUUAUUCGUGGCUCACAACUUACUGUUCAUCGGAGAAUUCAUACAGGUGCUAGACCCUAUCAGUGUAAAGAAUGUGGGAAGGCCUUUAGACAGCAUUCCCAGCUCACUGUACAUCAGCGAAUUCACACUGGGGAGAAACCCUAUGAAUGUAAGGAGUGUGGAAAGGGCUUUAUUCAUAGCUCAGAAGUUACCCGACAUCAAAGAAUUCAUUCUGGGGAGAAACCCUAUGAAUGCAAAGAAUGCGGGAAGGCCUUCAGACAGCAUGCACAGCUCACUCGACAUCAGAGGGUUCACACUGGUGACAGACCCUAUGAAUGUAAGGACUGCGGGAAGGCAUUCAGCCGUAGUUCAUACCUUAUUCAACAUCAAAGAAUCCAUACAGGAGACAAACCCUAUGAAUGUAAGGAAUGUGGGAAAGCCUUUAUUCGUGUUUCACAACUGACUCAUCACCAGCGAAUUCAUACUUGUGAGAAACCCUAUGAAUGCAGGGAAUGUGGAAUGGCCUUUAUUCGUAGUUCACAACUCACUGAACAUCAGAGAAUCCAUCCUGGCAUCAAACCUUAUGAAUGUAGAGAAUGUGGGCAGGCCUUUAUUCUUGGCUCACAGCUCAUCGAACACUAUAGAAUUCAUACUGGUUAGAAAACCUUGAACGUUAGGAAUGUAUUAAUAGAAAAGCCUUUAUGUGGAAUUCACACCUGGCUCGAAUACUGGAAAAUUUGUAUGUAAUUAAUGUCAGAAAACUUUCACUUAUCACUUCAAUUAUGGAACAGCAGAGAACUCAUACCAAAAGAAAAUUCAAUACAUGUGGGAAUUUCUUUUUGCCUAA